UCUCCUCCCUCUCACUAUCUGCGAUUCCCUGAUCUUCUUCAACAUCAGCUCAUCUUUCUAAUGAUGUUGCAGGCGGUAGAAGGGAAGAAGGUGACGAAAGUGAUAUUAACGAAGCCAAUUUCAUUAGAAGUUGAUGAAGAAGAAGCUAAUGAUAGUGGAAAUUAUAAUUAUUCAGCUCCCAAUCUUCUUCAUCGCAUUCUCUCUCUCUUCUCCCAUGUCCGCCCUGGUUCUGAUCUCUCUACCUUUCAGCUUCCGGUAACGUUCAACUUCCCAAAGUCACAACUUCAGAUUUAUGGAGAACAGAUUUACUCAUCAAAAGAAGACUUGCUAAGUAAGUGCAACAAAGGAGAGAGCCCUUUGGAAAGGCUCAUAAAUGUGGUGGCUUGGAUCAUUUCUCUAACUCGUCCUUAUCUCUCUGGAGCUGCCCCUUAUAAUCCAAUUCUUGGUGAGACUCACCAUGUUUCUCACUCUUCUCUUAACGUUUUACUUGAGCAGGUAUCACAUCACCCUCCAGUAUCAGCCCUCCACGCAACUGACGAGAAGGAAAACAUGGAAAUUAUAUGGAGCAUUCGACCUAUCCCCAAGUUCCAUGGUACGUUAAUCGAGGUUCAAGUACAAGGUAAAAGGAUGUUGAAGUUGAUGAAGCAUGGAGAAACUUAUGAGUGGAAUCCCCCUAAUUUCAUAUACAGAUUUCUUCCUAUUCCCGGAAGUGAGUGGGUUGGCAACGUUCGUGUAAGUUGCAGAGAGACAGGUUUGGUGGCUGAUUUAUGUUACAAAGGUCGAUCUUUUCUAGGUUUUAAGGGAAACCGCAGAUCUGUCAAAGGAAAGAUUCUUGGCUCAUCCUCUUCCAAUAAUGUUCUAUAUGAUAUUGAUGGUCAUUGGGACAAAACUGUUGCAAUUAAGGAUAAAAACAAUGGGAGUGUUAAAGUGAUAUAUGAUGCAAAACAAGUUAUUUCAGGUCUCCAAACUCCUACCCUCAAGAAUUUAGAGAAUGUGUGGGCAACAGAAGCAGCGAGUGUUUGGAGUGAGGUUAGUGAAGCCUUAAUGAGGAAAGAGUGGGACAAAGCAAGUGAAGCAAAGAGAUGCAUUGAAAAUGCACAGAGAAAGCUAUUGGAAGAAAGGGAAUCAAGUGGCCAAAAUUGGAUGCCCAAACACUUCACUGUUUCAAGAACUGAACAAGGUACUUGGGAUUGUUUUCCUCUUCAUCAGUGGGUCCCUUCUGGCCCUAUUAUUGCUUCACAAGACACUUGAUUCAAAUUGUGUUUGUAUCGUCGUUGGAGAGAGUUUGACAUUUUAUAUAUGUGCUUUUUAUUUGAGACUCAAUAUAUGUGUGUGUGUGUAACCCUCGUAAAAGUCAUGGGGUGCCAUAAUCAAAUUCUAAGGUCAAAUAUGUGGGAAGUCAAUAAAAGUUAUUCCAUUAUUUACUUUCUAAA